AUGAGGUAUGACAUUAUUCUAGAAGUACUGAAGAUUCUUACUAAGCAAGGUGAUCAAACUGCUAAAGCAUUAGGACUUUUACAAGAAGUUUCAACGUUCAGAUUUAUUAUAAUUUUACAAGUUAUGGAAACAAUUCUCAUGAGAGUUUAUAGUUUGUCUUGUGAACUUCAAAGUCCUACUUUAAUCUUACCAUCAGCAAUGGAGUUGGUUAAUUCAACAAAACAAAUAUUAAUUAAUAUGAGUACUGAUAAUACAUUUGAAGAACUUCAACAAAAAGCAGAAUUGAUUGCAAAAAAAAACUACAUACAAAUUGAAAAAGAUCAGGUUGCUAAAAGAAGAAAAGAAACUUAUAAUACUCACUUCGAUGAUUACUUUAUUGAAUCAACUGUUGGAAAAAAUAGCUCAAAACAAAAAGAUUUGAAAAACAUUAAAGCUGAGAUUUUGUUUGAAGUUCUUGACAGGUUUCUAUGCACUUAUUAUAAAUACACUACUAUUUACUGCUAA